ACCCUCAUCUCUUUCGUAUCUUCUCUCCUCUCUCCACCAAAAUGGCAGCCAAAUUCUUGAUACCCUAAUUCUCACCACUAAACAGUGUGAAUUUCUCCCCCAAACCUCAAUUUUUUGCUCUAAUCGAAUAGAUCUAGUCAUAAUUCGUAGUUUGAAUUCAGUCAUAUUGAGUGGGAGAUUUCAAUUUGCUUUUCAAUUAGCGAAUUCUGAAGAUAGGUGUGAAAUUGGCUCUCCUUCGAGGAGUUGGAACCGUUUUAGAGGCCAACCGAAGGUGGAGACGUUGUGGCUGCUUGCGGAUCACUACUCACUAUUUAGUUUGCGAAAUAUGGCGCCUUGUAAGCAAUGGAUGAAACUUGCUGGAGACAAUCGUUUGAAUAAUGAAUAUGAAAUAGGCGUUGAAUCUUUUAUUAAGUAUGCAUUUGGAAAGACGGGUGAAAAAGAGAAGAUCAAAUGUCCAUGUGUUAAAUGCAAAAACUCAUCAUUUGGAUCUCCAAAUAUGGUUAGGGAUCAUUUAUUAACUUUUGGCAUCAUUCAAAGUUAUAAUUUUUGGUAUCAUCACGGGGAAAGGGUGGGUGAGGAUGCAUUUGAGUCACCAACUGUAGGAGAUGAUGAUGGAUUAAUAGAAAGUGAUGGUGAAGAUGAGAUGGAGACACUGCUAAGGGAUUUUUUUCCUAAUAAUUGUGGUUUUGCUGAAAAUGAUAUGCAUGAUGGUUCAUCGAGUACUAGACGUGAAGAUCCUAAUGAUGAAGCAAUGAGAUUCUAUAGAUUAUUUGAUGAUUUUCAGAAACCUUUGUAUGAAGGCUCCAUCUCCUCGACAUUGUCUGCAAUUGUUAAUUUGCUUCACAUUAAAACUCUUGGGAGGUGGAGUAACGAGUCAUUCACUAUUCUUUUGAACUUUUUGAAAACUCAGUUGUUGCCAAAAGAGUCAUCCCUUCCUGAUUGUUUUAAUGAUGCAAAAAAAAUUGUUAAAGAUUUAGGUCUCUCAUAUGAAAAGAUAGAUGCAUGUGUUAAUGAUUGUAUGCUAUUUUGGAAAGAUGAUGAACAAUUAGAACAUUGUAAAGUUUGCAAGGCUGCUAGGUGGAAACAAGGUAAGCAUAGUGGAGAAACUAGAACCAGGGAAAAUGGUAAGAGAAUACCUCAAAAGGUACUUCGAUAUUUUCCACUAAAGCCUAGACUUCAACGUUUGUUUAUGUGUUCAAAGACGGCUUCUGAUAUGAGAUGGCAUAAUGAAAGGCAAGCUGAAAUUGGUGUGCUUAACCACCCUUCUGAUGGGAAAGCAUGGCAAGAUUUUGAUGAAAACCAUCCAUCAUUUUCUUCAGAACCUCGUAAUGUUAGGUUAGGGCUUAUAAGUGAUGGAUUUAACCCGUUUUCUAAUAUUGCAAACCCAUAUAGCAUUUGGCCUGUUAUGUUAGUUCCAUAUAAUUUACCUCCUUGGAUUUGUAUGAAAAAAUCUAGCAUGAUGUUGUCAAUGCUUGUACCCGGCCCAAAAGGACCAGGUGAUGCAAUAGAUGUCUAUUUACAGCCUUUGAUAGAAGAGUUGAAAGAGUUAUGGGAAGUGGGCGUUGAAACCUAUGAUGCUUCCAAAUGUGAAAAUUUUAAAAUGCAUGCUGCUUUGCUUACAACAAUUAAUGAUUUUCCUGCUUAUGGCAUUUUAUCUGGAUGGAGUACAAAAGGAAAGCUGGCUUGUCCUUGUUGUCACAAAAAAACAGCUUAUUUGAGGUUGAAAAAUUGCUGUAAGCAUGUGUAUAUGCGUCAUCGACGUUUUCUUCACAUUAAGCACUCAUGGAGAAAGAAGAAAGAUGUAUUUGGAAAGAAAGAAAAAGGAGAGCCACCAAAACCAUUGUCAGGAGAGGAAGUUCUUCAGCAAGCGAAAGAUCUUAAAGGUUUUUGUUUGUCAAAAGAUCCUACUAAGAGAACCAAGGUAUGUCACAAGACUAGAGGGGAUAAUUGGAACAAACUAAGUAUUUUUUUUGAGUUGCCUUACUGGAAAACACUUCUGUUACGACAUAGUUUAGAUGUAAUGCACAUUGAAAAGAACAUAUGUGAUAUUAUUUUGGGAACCAUCAUGAAUAUUAAAGGAAAGACAAAAGACACAACUAACUCUCGUCUUGACAUGGAGGAAUUAGGUAUAAUGUCAAAGCUUCAUCCAAUAAAAAAGGGUGAUAAGACUGAAAUACCUCAUGCGCCGUACACCUUAACUAAGAGUCAAAAGGAGAUAUUGUGUCGAUUUUUGAAGGAUCUAAAAGUUCCUGAUGGGUUUUCUGCUAAUAUUUCUCGAUGUGUUAAUGUGAAAGAUAGUAAGAUUUCUGGAUUAAAGAGUCAUGAUUGCCACGUUCUGUUACAAAGCAUACUUCCUCUAGUGAUACGUGGUCUUUUAGUUAAGGAUGUUGCAGAGCCUUUGAUUGAGUUGUGCCAAUUCUUCAGCGUGUUAUGUGCUAAAUCGGUAAAAGUUAAACAUUUAGAAGAAAUUAAAGCCCAAAUUCCUUUGACACUUUCCAAGUUAGAAGCAUGGAUGCCUCCUUCUUGUUUUGAUGUGAUGUUGCAUUUAAGUGUGCACUUAGCUGAUGAGGUAAUACUUGGUGGGCCUGUUCAAUUUCGUUGGAUGUAUCCUGGGGAACGAUAUCUUCAUAAUCUUAAAUUAUAUGUGCGUAAUAAAGCUCGUCUAGAGGGUUCAAUAGCAGAGGGUUAUCUGGUGGAUGAGUGUAUGACUUUGUGCUCAAGGUACUUGGAUGAAAUUGAAACAAGGUUUAAUCGUCUUGAGCGAAACGAUGAUGGUGAUAAAGAUGAUUCGAAAAAGCUUUCUAUUUUUUCUCAUGCCGGACGACCACUGGGAGCUCGAAAGAACACCAACCUAGAUGUUUAUGAAAGAGAGCAAGCUCACAUUUAUGCUCUAAAAAAUUGCAGCGAAGUCGAACCAUUCCUCCAAGAAUAUGCUGAAAUUAUAGCAACCGAAGGAGUUGAUAUCUCACCAGAAGAACAAGAUGCUAAAUUUGUACUUUGGUUUAGAAAAAGAGUUGAAAAGUUGCAUGAAGAAAACAAUUGUCUUUUUGGGGAUGAGUUCUUGUCUUUAGCUCGUGGUCCUAUUAAAUAUGUUCAAGCUUUUAGUGGUUAUAUAACUAAUGGAUUCAGGUUUCACACAUCUAAACGUGACAAAAAUUUGAGAACACAAAAUAGUGGAGUUGUGGUAUUGGGUGACACAGGUGAUGGACAUGAAACUUUAGACUUUUAUGGAGUGUUGACGGAAGUGAUCAGGUUGGAGUAUUUGGGGGGAAAUUAUGUUGUGUUUUUUCGCUGUGACUGGUUUGAUGUGCUUGAUUCUAGAAGAGGAAUUCAUGUGGAUAAAUUUGGUUAUGUUAGUGUAGACACCCAAAGGCUCCUAAAAACAAAUGAACCAUUUGUUUUAGCUAGUCAAGUAUCACAAGUCUUUUAUGCAACGGAUGUUGUGAAACAAGGUAGUUGGCGUGUUUCUGUUAAGACAAAAUCUCGUGCUACAUAUGAUAUGUCAAUGGAGAAAGAUAGCUCACAACACAUGGAAAUUUUGGAUGAUACAGAUGAUGCAUAUCAAGAACUAGAAUCUUUUGGAUUAGAUUUUGCUGUACAUGCACCGACAUAUACACAUAAUGGAAUGAGUGUUGAAGAUAGGAUUGAUGUGGAACCUGAGAUCGUUGAUACACCUACCUUAGUCAAGAAACGGAAAAGAAUUUCUAAGAAAAACUAGUUACUUUUGGUGUUGUUU